UAGAAGCAGAGAGAUAUACUCUAAUGGCGGAUGCAGAGAGCUGCUGAAGAAUUUCGCCACCGAUUUUGGCAGGUAAAUCCAAUUCAAUCCAAUUCCACAUGAAUUCGCAUUCGCCGCAAUAAAUCCAAAGCAAAUCGACAUUUCUUCGCCAAAACCGAAAAAUGCACAAUCACUGGGGAGGAUCGCUGGAGAUCGCGGCCGAUUCGGCCGCCGAAGACGAGAAAAGCAGGAAUAAUUUGGAUUGGGACAGAGCGUCGCUGGCGAACCAGGGGUACAACGGUAAUUUGGACCAGACGCAGCAGAGCUGGCUGCUAGGGCCGCCGGAGAAGAAGCAGAAGAAAUACGUCGAUCUCGGAUGCAUCGUGUGCAGCCGGAAGGUGUUCAAAUGGACGAUUCUGUCGAUUUUGAUCGCGUUCGUCGUGAUCGGGCUCCCGAUCAUCAUAGCGAAGGCGAUACCGAAGCAUAAACGAGCGCCGCCGCCGCCGGAUAACUACACGGUGGCGCUCCGGAAGGCUCUGCUCUUCUUCAACGCCCAAAAAUCUGGAAAAUUGCCUAAGAGCAACGGCAUCCCAUGGAGAGGGGAUUCCGGGUUACAAGACGGGUCGGAUUUAUCGGACGUUAAAGGAGGGUUAGUGGGAGGAUACUACGAUGCCGGAGACAACUCCAAAUUUCAUUUUCCGAUGUCGUUUGCUAUGACGAUGUUAAGUUGGAGCGCUAUUGAAUACGAACACAAAUACCGUGAGAUUGGAGAAUACAAUCAUGUUAGAGACCUCAUCAAAUGGGGCACUGAUUAUUUGCUCCUCACUUUCAAUUCCUCCGCCACCAAAAUUGACAAGAUUUACAGCCAGGUCGGCGGGUCCCAAAACGGCUCCACCACGCCCGACGACCACACGUGCUGGCAACGUCCCGAGGACAUGGACUACGACCGCCCGGUCCAGACCACGACGACCGGGCCGGAGCUAGCCGGCGAGAUGGCGGCGGCCAUGGCGGCCGCCUCCAUCCUCUUCCGCGACAACAACGCCUACUCCAAGAAGCUCCGCAAGGGGGCAGAGACCGUGUUCGCCUUCGCCCGGGACGGGGGCCGGCGCAACCGCUACUCGAGGGGCAACCCGUUCAUCGAGCCCUACUACAACUCGACUGGGUACUACGACGAGUACAUGUGGGGCUCGGCGUGGCUGUUCUACGCCACGGGGAACAGCUCGUACCUGGCGCUGGCGACGAAUCCCGGGAUGUCGAGCAAUUCGAGGGCGUUUUAUAUGAUUCCGGAUUUGAGCGUGUUGAGCUGGGAUAACAAGCUGCCGGCGGCGAUGCUGGUGCUGGUGAGGGCGAGGCUGUUCUUGAACCCGGGGUAUCCGUAUGAGGAUAUGCUGAAGAUGUAUCAUAAUGUGACUGGCCUUACUAUGUGUUCUUACUUGAAGAGGUACAACGUUUUCAAUUUCACCCAAGGAGGAAUGAUACAACUAAAUCAUGGGAAGGCACAGAAUUUGCAAUAUAUAGCAAAUGCAGCGUUUUUGGCAUCGAUUUUUGCUGAUUACCUCAAUGAAACUGGAGUUCCUGGCUGGUAUUGUGGAUCCAAUUUUAUGCCAAUCAGUGUGCUCAAAGAUUUCGCAACUUCUCAGAUAAAUUACAUAUUAGGUGACAACCCUGCAAAGAUGAGUUACGUAGUUGGAUUUGGUAAAAAAUUCCCUAGGCAAGUCCACCACCGCGCCGCCUCCAUCCCUAAAGACAGAACCAAGUACUCCUGCAGCGGCGGGUUUCGGUGGCGCGACGCCAAGACUCCCAAUCCCCACAACAUCACCGGCGCCAUGGUCGGCGGCCCCGACCGCUUCGACAAGUUCAAAGACGUCCGGUCUAACUACAGCUACACCGAGCCCACGCUCGCUGGCAACGCCGGGCUCGUCGCCGCGCUUGUUUCUCUCACGACCAGCGGAGGGGUCGGGAUAGACAAGAACUCGAUUUUCGCGGCUGUGCCGCCGCUGUACCCGGUCAGCCCACCUCCGCCGCCGCCGUGGAAGCCGUAGAAUGUGUAUUUUAGUUGAAUAUUACUGCAUGCAGUUUGAUGUUUUUUUGUAAUCUAUAUUGUUAAUUAUGUUUUCUGUUAAACUUAAUUCUUUUAAUAUAUAUAUUUUCUAAAUAUAUACUCUUUUCAUGUUUUCA